AUGAGAUCUUCUGUGAAGUCAGUGUUCAUGUACAGUUUUUCUCCCACCGUGUCUUUUCUAGUCAUCCCAAAGUUCUGCAGAAUAAACAACGGGGACUGUGAGCAGUUCUGCAGCGUCAGGAGAGAUGGACGGAAGGAUGUAGUGUGCUCCUGUGCAGAUGGCUAUGCUCUAGCAGAGGAUGGCAAGCACUGUGUUGCAACAGUAAAAUACCCUUGUGGAAAAGUAUUUGUGGCAAGGAAAAAAAGGUCUGUUCUUUCACCUGCUGACUACAGCAAUGGAACAAGGGAUCAAGGAAAACCUCCUGCAAAUGAGAUGAGCGUGGAGGAAAACUUUGCAGUUACCACAGAAAGCCCAACCCCUCCACCUGACAACAGAACAAGCAGCAGGAAUCCUUAUGCCACUACCAGGAUAGUUGGUGGGGAUGAGUGUCGCCCUGGCCAAUGCCCAUGGCAGGCUGUUCUGUUAAACGAGGAAGGAGAAGAGUUUUGUGGUGGAACUAUUCUGAAUGAAAAUUUUAUACUUACUGCAGCUCACUGCAUAAACCAAUCCAAAGAAAUCAAAGUUGUUGUUGGUGAGUGAUUAUUUCUUGUCCUCCUCUGAGGUGGGACUAUCUGUUGUGCCUAACCUUCUGUGCCUUAAAUCUCCUGUGAGAUGGACUCAUGAUUUAUUAAGGUUUGCUACCUUCUUGCUGUGCUCUGUAAUUUCUUGUUAUUGUGAACAUCCUGCUUUGUAACAACAGGAGCAGCUGAUGUGGAACGUGACAAUGGUGUGUC